AUGCAAGGAUUCCGGAACUACAGCAUGGACGCGCUCGCGCAGCAUCGUGACACCAGCGGCGGCCUCUCGGUGGAUCUGCUGGCGGCGCAUCAGUACAGCACAAAGGCGUCGCCUCCAUUAUCUCCACUCAGCGACUGCACCAGCCCACCAUCCUCCGAUCACGGUGGCAACGGGAGCGGCCAGCAGCAGCCACCUCUGGACCCGUCCGUCCGUCGCUACCGCACCGCUUUCACCCGCGACCAGCUGGCGCGCCUCGAGAAGGAGUUCUACAAGGAAAACUACGUCUCCCGGCCGCGCCGGUGCGAGCUGGCCGCCCAGCUCAAUCUGCCCGAGUCGACCAUCAAGGUUUGGUUCCAGAACCGACGGAUGAAGGACAAACGGCAGCGAAUCGCCGUCGCCUGGCCGUACGCCGCCGUCUACUCGGACCCGGCGUUCGCCGCCUCCAUCCUCCAGGCCGCGGCCAACUCGGUCGGCAUGCCGUACGGCUACCCGCCGGCCCCGAUGCUCACCCAGAUGCCGCUCGUUCCACCGCCGACCGUGCCCACCGGUGCCCACGCCUUCACAACGUACGGUUACCCGCGCUACGCACCCUACCCGAUCCCGCAGCGGACCACCUCCCUGCCCAGCGCCGGAGCCGGUCCGAACCCUGCCUCCUAUCCCGCCGCUAGCGCCAUGCUGGGUACGGCCGGCUCCCUGCCGCCCUACGCACCGCUCGGCCUCCCGACCAAGGCCAGCACCCCGCCCCAUGACGCCGGCCACCACCACCAGCAGGGCCAACCGCAGCACCACCAGCACCACCAACACCACCAUCCCGUCGCCUCGCCGCACUCGGCCCUCUCACUGAGCCCCGUGUCCGAUCGGUCCAAGUUCGACACCUCCACGUCGACGUCCAACUCGAGCAACGCGAGCGUCAGCCCGGUCAAGUCGCUGAACGGGUCCACCAAGGGGCUGCUGCUGGCUGCGGCGGCAGUUGCGGCCGCCACCCACUCCACCAGCCCCUCCCAGCCGCACAGUCCGCAAACGACGGUGCUGCCGGUCACGCCGGAGAAGCCUAAGCUGUUCAAACCCUACAAAUCGGAGGCAUAA